AGUGCCACCACUAACUCACUGAGCCAGGCUUUGGGCGUUGUUUUCGUAGCUGCAAAGUGGCUAAAAUUGUUGUAUUUUACGACUUUAUAAAGUUAACACACCUGAAUGGGACUUGUGCCAAUUUCAGUGACCACCAAUAGUGCGCAGAUGACAAUUGAGCCCUGUGCAGCAGGCUAUUGACCGCUUUUCAAGUACCACACCCCUAAAAGACUAUGUCCACAAUCGAAGAGGAACGCAAGGCGUACGAAAAGAAUCCCUACUUCACCGGCCACAUCUACGGCAACUUUUCGCCGUUUUAUGUGACCAUUGCCAUCUGCACCGUUGUCCUGGGCACGAUCAUCAUACUGAACAUUAUCCUGGGCUGCUGCUCCAAGCACCGCAAGUACUGGCAGGACAGGCACACGGGCAACCGCUGGUUGGUCUCCAUUUGGUCGGCCACUCCCCAUAAUCAGCCGCCACUGGACUUCACCGAACUGAAAGACGCCUCCUACUUUAAUCGUCUACAUCCCACCACCCAUCAGCAGGUGUUCCCCGACGACGUGGUCAUUGGCGUUGACGACUUGGAGCCCGUGCACUCGUCGCACCAUCAUCACCAGCAGCAACACCAGCGUCCACCACGCCCAGAGGGUCGCACCCUGCACCAGCAACGCCAGCGCGAGGAAUACGUGGAGCUGCAGAAGCGCGAGAGCGACAUCUAA